AUGGCCUCACUUGGAUUUCCAUCCAUAUCCAUACCCAUUCUGUUCUUGAUCACCUUGCUGUCCACUGUACCCACGUCUUCUCCUGGUCCAAGCAAGAGCAAUGGUAGCGACACUGAUCUUACUGCCCUGCUUGCUUUCAAAGCACAGCUCUCCGACCCUCUCAGCAUCCUUGCCAGCAACUGGACUGCUGGUACGAAUUUCUGCCACUGGUUUGGUGUUGCAUGCAGUUGGCGCCGGCAGCGCGUCACAGCUUUGGAACUGCCGGGCUACAACCUCUAUGGAUCUAUCACUCCUCGCCUUGGUAAUCUCUCUUUCCUCUCUGUUCUCAACCUUGACAAUACAAAUCUCACAGGCUCCAUCCCCGAUGAUUUAGGACGGCUUCAUCGUCUUAAAUACCUAUAUCUCGGAUUCAAUGGCCUAUCAGGUAGCAUCCCAACCACCAUAGGAAACCUCACAAGGCUUCAUGUUCUUUCCCUAUAUUAUAACCAUCUAUCUGGUUCAAUCCCCGAAGAAUUGCAGAACCUGCAGAGUCUUGGCUACUUCAGUGUCUUCAGGAAUUACCUGAGCGGCUCAAUGCCAACCUAUCUAUUUAAUAAUACCCCUCCGAUAACUUACCUGGACUUUGGCAACAACAGCCUGUCAGGACAUAUACCAUCUUGUAUUGGCUCCUUACCAAUGCUUGAGUACCUUAACCUUCAAGUGAAUCAUUUCAGCGGCCCAGUACCUCCAUCCAUAUUCAACCAUUCUAGAUUAACUGAAAUCUGGCUUGAAUUCAACUACAACUUAACUGGUCCGAUCCCUAAUAACAAAAGUUUUAGUCUACCUGCGUUGAAAAUUAUCAGCCUAUACAACAACAAAUUCACCGGUGAGAUUCCAUUGGGGCUCUCCUCUUGUCACUACCUCCAAAUUAUCUCCUUCAGUGCGAAUUUCUUUGAGGGUGUUGUGCCAACGUGGCUGGGAAAGCUUUCUAAUCUCAAUUUCCUUUCCUUGGGUUGGAAUCACCUUCUUGGUCCAAUUCCUGCAGUUGCACUUAGCAACCUCACUCAGCUAGGUUUACUAGACCUGGCAUGCUGUAACCUGUCAGGAGCCAUUCCGGAAGAAUUUGGACAACUGGACAAACUCACUGUGUUGGAUAUCUCAGACAACCAACUGGCAGGACCAAUUCCUGCUUCUCUUGGUAACCUGUCUGAAUUAAUGGUCCUGCUCUUACCCGGAAAUAUGUUCCUUGGAUCAGUACCACGAACAAUCGGUAGUAGCAACUCUAUGAUUGAGAUUGAUAUUUCAGAGAACCGCCUAGUGGGGGAUCUUAGCUUCUUAUCCAGUUUUUCUAAUUUUAGAAAACUCCGGUAUAUUCGCUUAUAUUCAAAUAAUUUCACCAGUGGCAUUCCUAACUAUGUGGGAAACCUGUCAAGCCAGCUGCAGAUUUUCAUUGCAUAUGAUAACAAUUUAGUUGGUGAACUUCCGGCUACGAUUUCAAACCUAACAGGUCUUGAAUGGCUAGAUUUUUCAGAGAAUCAGUUGGAUAGCACGAUUCCAAAAUCCAUCAUAAUGAUGGAGAAUCUCCAGUGGCUUUACCUGAACGGAAAUCACUUGUUUGGGUCCAUCCCAGCUCAGAUUGCAAUGCUCAAGAAUAUAGAACGUUUGUUCCUCUACAACAAUAAAUUGUCUGGUUCAAUACGGGAGGGGAUUGGUAACCUGACCAAGUUAGAAUACCUGUUACUGUCUGCCAACCAGUUAUCAUCAAUUAUCCCAUCAAGUUUAUUUCAUCUUGACAGUCUCAUUGAGCUAGAUGUGUCUCGAAACUUCUUGACUGGCACAUUACCGGUUGAUUUGGGCUAUUUGAAGCAAAUUUAUGGCAUGGACCUCUCUGCCAACCUUUUGGUUGGUAGCAUCCCAUAUUCGAUUGGACAACUCCAAACAAUAACCUACUUGAACCUGUCACACAAUUCAUUUGAUGAUUCACUUCCAGAAUCUUUCGGCAAGCUAACCAGCUUGCAAACUUUGGACCUAUCACAUAACAGUCUCUCUGGUACAAUACCAAAGUACCUAGUCAAUUUCACCAUCCUGACCAGCUUGAACCUGUCUUUCAACAAGCUACAAGGUCAAGUACCAGAAGGUGGUGUCUUCUUAAAUAUUAGUCAGCAAUCCUUGACGGGGAAUUCAAGGCUUUGUGGUGCUUCACGUUUAGGAUUUCCAAUGUGCCCAAGUAACUCUAAAAGAAGUAAUAAUGGCGGCAUGCUGAAGAUUUUGCUCCCUAUUAUCAUCAUAGCUAUUGGACUUGUAGCUUUCUGCAUAUAUGUAACAGUCAGAAAGAAGAUUAAGAAGCGGCAAGGGAUCUCAGCUUCUCCCGGUAUGGUUGACAUGCCCACCCAUCACCUGGUCUCGUACCAUGAGCUUGUUCGAGCAACUGAUAAUUUUAGUGAGAGCAACCUGCUAGGGUCUGGAAGUUUUGGGAAAGUUUUCAAGGGCCAACUAAGCAAUGGUUUGAUUGUUGCAAUCAAAGUUAGAUAUGCAGCUAGAACAAGCGAUAAGAAGCUUUGA